CGGCCGGCACGCGGCGCUCGCGCUCCCCGCUUAAAUGAGCCUGGGCUCCCCGCGCCCGCCACUUCGGAGGGGUCCGCGCCGCGGCCGCAGGCGGGGCGGGCAGCGUCGGUGCCGUCCCUCUCGCCAGCGCGCCUCGCCUCCGGGGCGGUCAAUGGGACGGAGCGUCACGGAGCAGAAGGUGCCGCCCGUCGGGGGGCUCGGGCAGCGCGUGAGCCCGCCGGGGUGCUCGAGCAUGGCGGGCCGCAGGACCUGAGCCGUGCCCCGCGGGGAGGUAUCCUGGUGGCCGGCGAUGGGGACCGAGCGGGACUGCCGCCGCACCGGGCCGUGAGGGCCGCCGCCGCAGCCUCCUCCUAGCCGCCGCCUCGGCCACUCGCGAAGCGCCGGGCCGCUCGGGAAUAUGGCCCUGGAGCAGCUCUGCGCGGUCCUCAAAGUGUUGUUAAUAACAAUACUUGUAGUCGAAGGGAUUGCUGUGGCCCAAAAGACCCAAGAUGGACAAAAUAUUGGAAUCAAGCAUGUUCCUGCAACCCAGUGUGGCAUUUGGGUUCGAACCAGCAAUGGAGGUCAUUUUGCUUCACCAAAUUAUCCUGACUCUUAUCCACCAAACAAGGAGUGUAUCUACAUUUUGGAAGCUGCUCCACGUCAAAGAAUAGAGUUGACCUUUGAUGAACAUUAUUAUAUAGAACCAUCAUUUGAAUGUCGGUUUGACCACUUGGAAGUUCGAGAUGGGCCAUUUGGUUUCUCUCCACUUAUAGAUCGAUAUUGUGGUGUGAAAAGCCCUCCACUAAUUAGAUCAACGGGGAGGUUUAUGUGGAUUAAGUUUAGUUCUGAUGAAGAACUUGAAGGACUGGGAUUUCGAGCAAAAUAUUCAUUUAUUCCAGAUCCAGACUUUACUUACCUAGGAGGUAUUUUAAAUCCCAUCCCAGAUUGCCAGUUUGAGCUCUCAGGAGCUGAUGGAAUAGUGCGUUCUAGUCAGGUAGAACAAGAAGAGAAAACAAAACCUGGCCAAGCAGUUGAUUGUAUAUGGACAAUUAAAGCUACUCCAAAAGCCAAGAUUUAUUUGAGGUUCCUAGAUUAUCAAAUGGAGCACUCAAAUGAAUGCAAGAGAAAUUUCGUUGCAGUUUAUGAUGGAAGCAGUUCUAUUGAAAACCUGAAGGCCAAGUUUUGCAGCACUGUGGCCAAUGAUGUCAUGCUGAAAACAGGAGUUGGAGUGAUCCGAAUGUGGGCAGAUGAAGGUAGUCGGCUAAGCAGGUUCAGAAUGCUCUUUACUUCCUUUGUGGAGCCUCCCUGCACAGGUAGCACUUUCUUUUGCCACAGCAACAUGUGCAUCAAUAAUUCUUUAGUCUGUAAUGGUGUUCAGAACUGUGCAUACCCUUGGGAUGAAAAUCAUUGUAAAGAAAAGAAAAAAGCAGGACUAUUUGAACAAAUCACUAAAACUCAUGGAACAAUUAUUGGCAUUACAUCAGGGAUUGUCUUGGUCCUUCUCAUUAUUUCUAUUUUAGUACAAGUGAAACAGCCUCGAAAAAAGGUCAUGGCUUGCAAAACUGCUUUUAAUAAAACUGGAUUUCAGGAAGUGUUUGAUCCUCCUCAUUAUGAACUGUUUUCACUAAGGGACAAAGAGAUUUCUGCAGACCUAGCCGACCUGUCAGAAGAACUGGACAACUACCAGAAGAUGCGGCGCUCCUCCACCGCCUCCCGGUGCAUUCAUGACCAUCACUGCGGAUCGCAAGCAUCCAGUGUCAAACAAAGCAGGACCAACCUGAGUUCCAUGGAACUGCCUUUCCGAAAUGAUUUUGCACAACCACAGCCAAUGAAAACAUUUAAUAGCACCUUCAAAAAGAGUAGCUACACUUUCAAACAGGCACAUGAGUGCCCUGAACAGGCCCUAGAAGACAGAGUAAUGGAGGAGAUUCCUUGUGAAAUUUAUGUCAGGGGGCGAGAUGAUUCUGCACAAGCAUCCAUAUCCAUCGAUUUUUAAUCUUCUACAAAAGGGGACAUUAAUUAUUAAGUAUGUACGUAUGCAGCCUACAGAGCACCCAUUCUCUCCAGCAGCCAACCCUUUUCUCCUGUUGAAACUAGGAAGACCUUCAUUUCCCAUUAAUCUAUUGUAAUGGUGAAGUUUUUAUUAUCUCAGGCAGUCUAUAUGUUAAGCCAACCAAGGAACUUACUCCAUUCAGUGAAAAAAAUAAUAAUCAUUUAUUGCUUGGUGUCACAUAAACAAAGUACCAGUUAAAUAGCAUUUAAAGAGUGAAGUAGUUCUGCUGAGCCAGUCUCAGGCUGCUUCAGGAAUAUUGCUCUUGAUUGAUACAGUUUGUCAAUAUUGUGAUCCCACAAUAAGUUUAAAAAUAAGGUUUUUCUUUACAUUCCUUUUGUUUUUCUUUUCUCUAAAUUUAAUUUGUUUUAUAAGUUUGUGAUUUUACCAUUUUGGUUUCUUGCUAAAUAUAAGUGGUUAUCAUACCACACAUAUUUCAAUGCAGGCAUUUGUUCUAGAAUUUGUCAAAAUAUAACUAGUUACUGUGGUAAGUGCCAAUUAAGACCUGGAGUUCUGUUUCACCCAUCUGUUUCUUGACUAAUUUCUAUACUGCUGCCUUUUAGUUACUGGAUUUUUAGUCUUUAUUUUUUGUGAAUGGUAAAUGAUAUGAUUUAUCACCUUUAGGUCCUAUCUUGUCUUACUUAUACUAGAAGAAUUCAUAAUCCUAGGAUGUAUGCACCCUUGCAAGUUAUGACUAAAAACUUAAGGAUUAAAAUUUCUGAAAAUCCUUUGAAAUUUCCCAAAUUUGGUCACAUUCAGUGAUAGCCCAUUCAUUCCUGUGAGCAAAGUCAUUUAAUUCAUUUUGGAAGAAGCCUGUAAUUAUGUUUAUUUCCAGCAUUUCUCACCACCAGAUUUGUGUUCCCUGUUAUUUUUAUAAGAAGAUGAUUUUGCUCCCUUUAUAUUGGUUUAUCUUAUAGCGUAUGGUAACCAAGGUUGUGUGAGAGUAAAAGGAGAAUUCCUAAGAAACUGUAAAAGCCCUCAGAUGGCUUCGUACUUGGGAUAGUACAUUUUUCUAGUUCUUACCAAGAAUAACAACUUCCACUUUUUUUUAAACUGCACUUUUGACCUUAUGUUUUUUAUGGUAUAUAAACAAUAAUUUAUAAACAUGAUAUAAAAACUCAUUGUGUUUUUUUAGACUUUUGAUAUUAUUUGAUACUGUACAAAACUUUAUUAAAUCAAGAUUAAAGACCUACAUGACAGAUUUAUUUCAGUGUUCACAUUAGUGGCUUUGUAUACAAGUAUGCUGUGAUGGAGCUCCACGUUAUAACUCAUUGUAAAGACCUUGGUAAUGUGUACAUAGCUUUGGUUUUUUUUUGUUAUUGCAUUUAGUUUAUGAUAAAUUUUUCACUGUGUGUUAUUUAUUCCAAAUCACUACACAAAUCUUAUAUUAAAAUAUACAUUGUUACAUGAUUCUUCAAUCAUGUUAUUACACUGAGAUUUUGGAUCUUAAAAAAUAUAUGAAAAGGAACCAUUUAUCAAAUUAUAACUAAUACAGACAUGCUGUUUAAAAGAGAUAAAUUCUCAUUUUUGAUAUAUUUUGUAGUAAAUUCUUAGUGAAAUGAGAAAUUGAAGUUUCAUGGAAUUUCAUUGAUUUUUUAAGAUAUCACAUCCAUGCAUUUUCUCAGAUUAGUGAAAACUGGGACCUUAAAUAUUAUACAUAUAUGAUACCCCUUCAACAUGUUUCUUAUAUCACAUUUUUUAUUUUUUUAAAUAUAAUAUCCAGGAGAUACGAAAACCUAUACAUAGUAUGUUUAUGAUUUAAGUUGUUUUUUAAGUCAGCAUAAUUUCCUGUUCUAAAAAUAGAAUUUGGGAAGGUAGAAAGACUUAAUGAAUGUAGUAUUCAUUGAACUAAUGAACCAGAGCCAGAUUAGAUAGAAAUUCUUUCAGUAGCUAUGUUGAAUAGUCAUUCUAGUAUUAGUAGCCAGCUAACAUUUGAACUGCAUAGUAAUUAUUUAGUAUAAUAAUAACUGUGAUCUCAUUCUUCAUGAUGAAGGAAAGCUAGCAUAUUUUCUGUGUAAAAUCACCUGCAUUAUAAAAACAGCUGUUAAAUUCAUCUUUAACACCUACCUUAUAGUAGAAAAUAAUACAGUAUGCUUCAUGAGAGUCACUUGUAACUAUAUUUUUAUUUUUGAAAUUUGUAUCCUAUUUUCUUUUAAAAGGUCGUGAAGAGGCCUACAAAAUAGAGCCUUUAAAGAAGACAUUUAACAUUAAAAGAGCACAGAAGUACAUAGUUUCAGGCAACUCAGCAAGUAAAUCUUGGACAACAGAGUUUGUUCUAAAUUUUCUGGCUACUGAAACAAAAGAAAUAGUUUUUGUUUUCCACAGUAGACAACCCAAACUUACUUGCAGUUUUCUCUUCAACUAAAGAAAGAGAGGGUCUCUAUACAGAACAACAUUUCCUCUGAAUUGAAAGAAAAAAAAAAAAAGCAAAAUGCAGAGAGAAGUCUAAAUAGUAAUCUUUAUGUAGUGAAGGCACCUCUUAAUUUGGUCCAGGAUCAGGGGUUUCUGAUGAGUUAGUCUGUCUGCAGGGGUAGAACUGAAGAGCCAGAUGAUCAAAUUAGCUAAGCCAGCCUUAAACUGCCAUGUAUUGUAUGCCUUCAUUGAACUAUAGAUGGGGACUAGGCCUCAUUUAUUUUUUAGUCAGACAUUUAUUUUGGCAGUACACUAUAGGAAGGGAAGAGAAUGGAACUAAUUUUUAGGCAUUAUUACCAGCAUAAUGCUAAUUGCUGCAUAUGUAGUCUAUCAUUUUUGAGGUCAGUGAGAAAACUUGACAAAUUGUUUACUAAAGUAAAAGCCAUAAAUUUUAGUAAUGGAGAUGAACUUCAGCCAUCUUGUGGAAGUUAUUACACCCUUCAUAGAGAAUGUAGUAGCCAGUUGUUAAAACAUACAGUGGAAAAUACAAAUCUGGAGGGGAGAAUAGCUUCAAUUCAGGAGCAGCAUUAAGGACACCUCUACUAUACUGUUGUUACCUUUCAUCUGUGAUCCUGAGUUUAGCACAAGAUACCAACCCUCAAGUGCCCAGAAAUUGCAGGAAACCUAUGAAUCCCAACAUCUAAAGUAUGUAUGAAUGAAGUGUGAUGUACCUUUUGUGGGGGGAAAUGUUCAACCUAAAGGUUUAACGAAAAGCAAAGGAUUUUCCACAUUUCACAUCACAAAAGAGAUUAAAAAGGCUCUGUUAACUCUGGAUGACAGGUCUUAUGUCUUUGUCAUGUUUAAUGCAAUUAUUAGGCAUUAAAAGGACCUCCUAAGUGUCUACUUCUGAACAUUUUUAUAGUUGUGCAAUUGUCAGAUGAGCAGGAUGCUUUCUGGCUUCAGGAGUGUGUCAACUGAGGGGACAGAAUAGGAAAAAAGUCAGUUGUGAUUCCAGGAGUGAUUCUCAAAGGGGAUUAUGCCCUCUUACAAAAUGGUGUGUGCUAUGUUGUUCAUGAUUAGAAGGAAUCUAGUUUGGGGUUUUUUUAAGAUCCCAAGAAAGAUGAUCUGCUCCAGCUUUAUUAAUGAGAAUUCUGAGGCCCAGAAAAGAGGAGAGAGUACCCACAUCUCAGAACUAGUCCCAUGGUCUUUCCUUGCCUUUGCUGUUUUUCCCUGCUUUAGCUGGCUGGAAGUUUUAAAGGUCAAACAGUUCUAAACAGCAGCCCAGAUGUUCCAUGUAAGCUUGUCUACCACUCUGAUUUAAAAUGUAAUUUAUUCUAUAAUUUUUUCAAAGCAUUAUAUUUUACCUUUUUUUAAUCUAUGUAACACUAUUCUACAAUUUUGUUGCCAUGACUUCUUGGCAUCUGCAAACUGCAAGACAAUUACUGUGAAUUCUUAAUAAACAAUGUUAACAAUUUAUAGGCUUGGCACUAGAUAAAAAUAGCUUCAAUGUUUUGCUUUUGUGAUUUUUUUUAAUCUAAAGGAAAUAAUGUAUACUCCAGAAAUUAAAGAUUUAUGUGCUAUUA